UUAAAAACUAAAAAUGUAACAAAAAUAUAAGAUGCCAAUGACAGGUUUUUACAUAUAUGAAAUUCUCACACUUCAGUACAAUUUAAUAGUCACAUGUGUGCAAAUGUCACGUAUAUUUCCGUUACAAGUUAUGACUCAUAAAACUACGUGUAUCAUCGUCUUAUCGCCGUAUAGAAGCGAUCCCGGGGAGAUACGUGAUACAUUAAUAAAUGGGCCAAUCUCAUAACACUAACAUGACCUCUACUCGUGUGAUGUUCGACGAAAAAGGAGACAAUGGACUUAUUCUUUGUGACAAGUAUAUUCCGGCCGAAUUAUUGGUGGAGAUCUUCUGCAACACCAAUCUCAAUACUCUGUUGAACUGUCAGUUGGUGUGCAAACGCUGGAAGAUGCUGAUACAGAGUUACGUCUGGCGCAAGAAGGGAGAGAUGGCACUGGGAAAACCAUUUCCACGGGGUAAGGACAUACCUUGGAAUGUGUUUUACUUCAUAUGCAAGAAAAAACCGUUUGAGAAGAACUUGCUGAAAAAUCACUCUGGAGAAUGUGGAGUUGGACGUUACUGGCAGAUUAUCAACCAAGGUGGUGAUCGGUGGGCAGUCGAGAAUCCACCUGCAGGUGUACCAGAGUUACCAUUAACCGAACCAGUGUUUGAAGGAAAACAAAACUGUUUUGUGACAUCUUAUCAGCAUUGCCUCAAAGUACAACAAAUAGAUUUAAUAGCUGAGGGAUUUACUCCAUAUGUACUGGAUGUGUUGCAACCACCCAUAGAGGUGAGUGAGUGGUAUAGCUGUCGGUGGGAUUGUCCAGCGGUAUAUGAAUGUCAAGUCAGAUUGUUAAAAGGAGAAAAUAGUUUGAGUGCAUGCUCAAACUAUAGUACUAAACAUAAACUUAAUGUACUAGAUGUGUUUGAAUUCCAGGAUAACUUGGAAGGAGAAAAGCAGAAUGAAUGGUUUCGUGUCUCACAUAUAUUUGAGAAUUAUGGACCUGGCGUAAGGAAAAUUAAUUUCUCUCACGGCGGAAUAGACAGAUCAUUCUGGGCAGGGCAUUAUGGUAGUAAAAUGGCUGGAGCAUGUGUUUAUGUAAGGGUUCCUUCAAUUAAAUGUACUUAUGAUGAUGAAAUUGAUACACCAUCAAUUAUCGAUGAAUAAGAUAAGUUUGAAGGUGAUACAAUAAUAUUAUUCUUGAAAUAACAUAAUAAUAAGUAUCCUGAAUAAUUGUA